UGUGAACAGCAGCAGGGAGCUGUGGAGUGGAAGAGGUCACAUUAGCAACACAACCUGUUUACUGGCAUUUGGCUCAUCAUGCACGUUAAAGAGGAAGGAAAUCCAGUGGUAUGGCAACAUGACAUCCGUCUUCUGCUUCCAGAUCACAGAGGAAAGACAGAUUUAAAGACGACGUCCUUCUUCAGUCCUCACAGAGAGAUGAGAGGAGCAGCUAUGAGUUUAAGUGCAGCAGCGAGUGGAUUUGUUGUCUUCCUUCUCUCUGUGUCAGUAGUACAGUGUGAGAAUGACUGGGGAGUGACUUACACCUCUACUGAGAUCUGUGCCUUAAAAGGAUCAACAGUGGACAUAAGCUGCACCUACAUAUACCCAUCCAGGAUAAAAGGCCGUAAUACCAAAGUUGAGAAAAAAGUCUGGUUUACAAGAGCGAGUAAUAAUCUCUAUGUGGAUAUAAAAACAGACCCAGAGUAUUCAGGUCGUGUGCAGUAUAUCUGUGGUAACAACGACUGCACUCUGAGGAUCACAGACCUGAGAGAGAGCGACUCAGCUGAGUACAAGUUCAGAUUCAUAACAAACCAACCAGGUGGGAGGUAUUUUGGUCGACAUGGAAUCACUUUGUCUGUCACAGAUCUCCAGGUGCAGGUGAGCAGAUUAUUGGUCUACGAGUCUCAUAAUUGUGCAGAGCUGAAGUGUCACAGCAGUUGUCGUCUACCUGAUCAUCUUCACUACGUCUGGUACAAGAAUGGACAGAAGAUUCAGGGAGACACAUCUUAUUUUUAUUCAAACAAUGCUAGUUGUGCAGACAGCUAUUCCUGUGCUGUAGAAGGACAUGAGAAGUUCCCCUCUCCUCCAUUGUAUGCUCCGAGGGUUCCCUCUGUGUCAGUGAGUCCCUCUGGUGAGAUAGUGGAGGGCAGUUCAGUGAAUCUGACCUGUAGCAGUGAUGCUAACCCAGAAGCUACUUAUACCUGGUACAAGAGGAAUGGGCAUCGAUAUCUUGAACUUCCUAGUAAAGAACCACAGCAUGUCUUCAGGUCCAUCCAGUCCUCUGACUCUGGAGAGUAUUACUGUACAGCUGAGAACGAGCUGGGGAGAACAUCUGCAUUUAUCUCUAUUAAUGUGAAAUAUGCUCCGAGGGUUCCCUCUGUGUCAGUGAGUCCCUCUGGUGAGAUAGUGGAGGGCAGUUCAGUGAAUCUGACCUGUAGCAGUGAUGCUAACCCAGCAGCUAAUUAUACCUGGUACAAGGAGGAUGAAGACUCACCAAAAGCAUCAGGACAGAUCUUCACCAUCACUGACUUCAGACCUGAACACAGCGGGAAUUAUUACUGUGAAGCCCAGAACAGAAGAGGACGCCAUAACUCCACCUUACAUCUGAUUGUUGUAGCAGGAGCUAAGGGAGCAGGAGGGAAAUUAGCAGCUGCUGGAACAAUCUCUGUUGUUCUCCUGGCUAUCAUUUCCCUGUCUGUCUUCCUGUGGAUCAGAAAAAAGAGGGCUUCCAAGGAACCUUCUGAUCCUGAAGAGAGAGCAGACAACAGGGAACAGCUGAGAAUACAACAUGUUGGUGAAGUAGAGGGACAGCCGGAGGAGCAGGAGGACCUUCAGUACGCCAGCAUCCGCUUAUCCAACAACCAGGCAGAUCCUCUCUACUCCAACAUCAGAGCAGCUCGGCCCCUCAGACACAUGGAGCAACAAGAAGUCAUUGAGUACGCUGCUGUCAGCUUUGAUAGGGCCAGUACUGCCCCGGGUUUGCCAUGGAGGUCAAGGGUGUGUGAGGUUGUGGGUGUGAAUGCAUUAAUAUGUGAAUGCAUGGCAGCUAUUGCAAGUGAACGCUUGUUAAAAUAUAUUUCUCAGGAUGGUUCCCAUCAAGAAUGUACGAUGGAGAACGAUAGAGGACGAUUGAGACUCAAUACUCUGCAUGGGUCAGCUUUAAAGAAUAUACCAAAUGGAGAGGUCAUCUGUCAAGACAACCCCCUUCCACAUUUGUCACAGAGAGAGACGAGCAGCUAUGAGUUUCAUUGCAACAAUGAGUGGAUUUGUCGUCCUUCUCCUCACUGCAUCAGCACUGGAGCCUUGAACCACUGGGAGGAGGUUUUCAGGCCCGCUGCUGCAGGGGAUGCUAUCAAUGUAACUGGGCUCAGCAGCCUCUACGGACAUUAUGGCAGAGGCAAAGAGAUCGAAAAGGACAUUGUCGGAGUGGUACAGGGUCAGGAUGAAUGGGGAGUGACUUACACCUCUACUGAGAUCUGUGCCUUAAAAGGAUCAACAGUGGACAUAAGCUGCACCUACAGAUACCCAUCCAAAAACGCUGUUAUUACAGUUAAGGAAACAUUCUGGCUUAUAAAAGCAAGUAAUGAUGUACAUGUGGAUCUAAGAACAGACCCAGAGUACUCAGGUCGUGUGCAGUAUAUCUGUGGUAACAACAACUGCACUCUGAGAAUCACAGACCUGAGAGAGAGCGACUCAGCUGAGUACAAGUUCAGAUUCAUAACAGACCUUUCAACAGGGAAAUAUACUGGUUCACCUGGAGUCACUUUGUAUGUCACAGAUCUCCAGGUGCAGGUGAGCAGAUUAUUGGUCUACAAGUCUGAUAACUGGGCAGAUCUGAAGUGUCACAGCAGUUGUCGUCUACCUGAUCAUCUUCAAUACGUCUGGUACAACAAUGGACAGAACACUUCGAGAGGAACAUCUUCAUUUUCAGUCUCUGUUUAUCCUACAGACAGCUAUUCCUGUGCUGUAGAAGGAUAUGAGAACUCCCGCUCAAAACCUUUAUUGGAACUGGGUCAGGAUGGCUGGGGAGUGACUUACACCUCUACUCAGAUCUGUGCCUUAAAAGGAUCAACAGUGGACAUAAGCUGCACCUACAGACACCCAUCCAGUAUAGAUGACCGUUAUAUUACAGUUGAGGAAAUAUUCUGGUCCACGAGAGUGAGCAAUAAUCUCUAUGUGGAUAUAAAAACAGACUCCGGGUAUUCAGGUCGUGUGCAGUAUAUCUGUGGUAACAACAACUGCACUCUGAGAAUCACAGACCUGAGAGAGAGCGACUCAGCUGAGUACAAGUUCAGAUUCAUAACAAACCAGACACGUGGGAAAUAUACUGGUUUACCUGGAGUCACUUUGUCUGUCACAGGUCUACAGGUACAGGUGAUCAGAUCAAUAGUCCACCAGGGUUAUUCCUGGUCAGAGCUCCAGUGUCAAGGCCAUUGUCGUCUACCUGAUGAAAUGUCCUACAUCUGGUACAAGAAUGGACAGAAAAUUCAUGAAGGAACAUCUUCUUAUUCAGACUACACUAAUCCUGCAGAAAGCUAUUCCUGUGCCCUUAAAGGACUUGAGGAUUUUCCUUCUCACUCAGUGUGUGUCCGUGUUCAAUUCUGCAACAGAGUGACGUACCUUCAGAAAAGCAUUUGUGUCUUGAAAGGAUUAACAGUGGACAUUACGUGCAUGUACAACAGUCAUCAAACUAUCAUAUCAAAAUUCUGGUUCAGUCCUGAACAUAGUCGUCAGUGGCAGAGUCCCUCACAGCCUGAGCACCUCAGUGAAAGUCGUGUUCAGGUCGUUGAACGGUGGAGAGGACGCUCCACUCUGAGAAUCACUGACCUGAGAGAGAGCGAUUCAGGCCAGUAUCGCUUCAAAUUCACAGCAGGAAGCUUUGAAUGGAACAGUACUUUACCUGGGACAACUCUGACUGUCACAGAUCCAGAUCUGCAGGUGGUAGUGAGGAGGUCUUCAUAUUAUACCUGGGCAGAGUGUCACAGCAGUUGCCACAUACCUUACCAUUCCUCCUACACCUGGUUCAAGAAUGGACAGAUGAUUCCGGGUCAAGGAACAUCUUAUUCAGGCAACUUUUAUCCUGCAGACAGCUAUUCCUGUGCCCUCAAAGGACGUGAGGAUUUUGCCUCCCCUUCAGUGUGCGUCAUUGAUCAAUCCUGCAACAGAGUGACUUACACCAACAGAAGCAUCUGUGCCUCCAAAGGCUCAUCAGUGGACAUUUCUUGCACGUAUAACAGUCAUAAAAAUAUCACAUCUAAAUUCUGGUUUAGUCCUGAACGUAGUCGUCAGUGGCAGAGUCCCUCACAUCAUGAGGACCUCAGUGAAGACUUCCAGUAUGCAGAUCGUGUUGAGGUCCUUGAAACAGAGAGAGGACGCUCCACUCUGAGAAUCACUGACCUGAGAGAGAGCGAUUCAGCCCAGUAUCGCUUCAAAUUCACAGCAGGAAGCUUUGAAUGGAACAGUGUUUUACCUGGAACAACUCUGACUGUCACAGCUCUCCAGGUGCAGGUGAGCACAAAAGUAGUCCAUGAGUCUCAUACCUAUGCAGAGCUGCAGUGUUACAGCAGCUGUGGUUCAGCUGGUCGUCUUUCCUACGUCUGGUUCAAGAACGGAGCAAAAAACAAGGAGGAAAGUUCUUUUUAUAAAGACCAGUUUUAUCCCGGAGAUGUCAUCUCUUGUGCUUUGAAAGGACAUGAGACGUACGGCUCUCCCUCAGUGUAUGUUCUGAGGGUUCCCUCUGUGUCAGUGAGUCCCUCUGGUGAGAUAGUGGAGGGCAGUUCAGUGACUCUGACCUGUAGCAGUGAUGGUAACCCAGCAGCUACUUAUACCUGGUACAAGAGGAAUGGAAAUCAAUACCUAUACCCUCUCAGUAAAGAACCACAGCUUUUCUUCAGGUCCAUCCAGUCCUCUGACUCUGGAGAGUAUUACUGUACAGCUGAGAAUGAACUGGGGAGGAGAACAUCUGAUUACAUCUCUAUUAAUGUGAAAUAUGCUCCAAAGACCUCCUCUGUGUCAGUGAGACCCUCUGGUGAGAUAGUGGAGGGCAGUUCAGUGACUCUGACCUGUAGCAGUGAUGCUAACCCAGCAGCUACUUAUACCUGGUACAAGGAGAACCAAACACUGUUUCAAGGAACAGAAGGUAUUCAUCAUUUCACCUCCAUCAGCUCUGAGGACAGAGGGAUCUACCACUGCAAGUCUGAGAAUCAACACGGCCAGUUAGGCUCUAAGUCUGUAUUUAUAGAUGUCCAGUAUGGUCCAAAGCCUCCCUCUGUGUCAGUGAGUCCCUCUGGUGAGAUAGUGGAGGGCAGUUCAGUGAAUCUGACCUGUAGCAGUGAUGCUAACCCAGCAGCUAAUUAUACCUGGUACAAGGAGAAUGAAGACUCAAUAAAAGCAUCAGGCCAGAUCUUCACCAUCACUGACUUCAGACCUGAACACAGUGGGAAUUAUUACUGUGAGGCCCAGAACAGAAGAGGACGCCAUAACUCCACCUUACAUCUGAUUGUUGUUGCAGCAUGGAAAUCUACAGCUGCUGGAACAACCACUGCUGUUGUCCUGGCUCUUAUCCUCCUCUCUCUUUUCAUAUUGUUUAGAAAAAAGUGGGUCUCCGAGCAAGCACUGAAGCCUGAAGAGAGACCAGACAACAGGGAUCAGACACAGCUGGAUGACAGGCAGGAUGACCUUCACUAUGCCAGUUUCCAGUUCUCCAAGAACCAUACAGAUCCUCUCUACUCCAACAUCGGACUAGCUGAGACCCUCAGACACGAGGAGGACGAAGACGAGGGCGUUGAGUACGCUUCUGUCAAAUUUACCAGUUGCAGUACUGCUUUGAGAGAUCAGACGUCAGCUAGGGAUGAUUCAGAUGCAUUGUACUGCACAAUCAACAAAACCUGUUCAGCAUACCAGCCUGGUAUUAAUAUCAAGUAGUUUGUUAAUUUAAGCAGGUAUUUAAUAUAUAUCUUCGGACAGAUCAGUCAUGAGAGAAUGCAACAUUGAGACAACUGUACAUUAUAAGCCCAAUUUACAAACUUAAACAUUUAAAAUGAUUUCUGUUGGAUAAUUAUUUAUCACAGAUUGGAUCUGCACAGUGUGUAAAACGCCUGAAGCAUUUUAUUGUAUGUAUUGCAUAUUUCCUAUAGUGUAUUUAAAUUAGUAGUUGCCCUGUUUUUGUAUGACUCGUUUAAAUCCCAGCAGAUAGAUAGCUCGCUACAAUUGAUUGUUAUGUGGAGGGAAUUGGGCUCCUCCAGGGUCAUGUUAGGUAUGUUUGAACUUUUUUCACUUUUAACAACAAUGUAAUAUUAUGAAUAGUCAUUUGAACUUGCUGCAUGCACGACAACUGUAAAAAUGUAACUGACCUUUUCAUUUAUAAAACAUAAAUAGUAAGUAUGAGCUCUGCAUAAAGGAUGAUGAAGAUGAUGACUUUUGCUGUUGAAUUAAACCCUUUUAUUAACAAUGCAUUUGAUUUUAGCUCAUGUUAGACAGUAGACAUUCUGAAACAUUCACUAUUUUGUUUUGUAUUUUAACCAUUAUAUAAAAGCUAUAAUACCCUUG